GCUGACCGUCACACGUUGCUAGUCGAUGCGUAGAUUGCAGUUGUGAGGUGUACCGUUGUGUUGUGGAAUGCUGGCAUCUGUCACCCGGAAAUGGAAGAUGUAACCGAAGUGUGUCGUUUGUGCUUGGAAAAGAAAACGUUAGUGUGGAUAUUCGACACGCGAAUUAAUGUAAACGACAUGAAAAACAUCAUACAUCUUACUACUGGUGUGGAGAUCAAGCGGGAAGACAACGUAUCUCAGAAGGUCUGCGGGAAAUGCGUACAAAAAGCAGCAACAAUGUACAAUUUCAGGAUAAAUGCUCAAAUGGCGGAUAUCAAAUUAAAGGAUAAGUACGAGCGCUACGUAGAACAGAAGAAGAGAAAUUUAAAUGCAAUUAAAAGUCAUUCUUCGGGGCCGAAUAGCGAAUCAAGUGUGGUUAUAGAAGGAAAUAAUGGAGUUGUCGCAAAACGACCACAAAUACAUCCGAGUAUAGUAGACAUUUUUUCGAAACACCCAAAUAUAAAGAUGUCUAAAAAAUGUUUACGGUUUAACAUGCUACCGAUUGUUUCUUUGGCCAUGGACGAAGUCGAAACUUAUUUCGAAAAAAGAAAUAUCGAUUUUCAUAAAUAUGCGCAAAAAGUAUUGAGAUCGUUUAAAAAAGAUAUCAGUGCCAAAACUGUUCAAGGAGGUAGUGGUUCUCUAACUAACGCUGAAAAUAAUCCUUCAAAAUCUGUCGUAGUUAAUCCGAUUAAAAUUGCAACAAACGACACUGGAUAUACCAUAAUUUCAAAACCACACUCUGAAAUGACAGAAAAUGGAACAAAUGUAUGCGUAGAUAAAGUAAACCAGGUUAAAGAAAAACUAGCUGAAACAGAAGCUGAAUCAUCUUGUACUAAUAAAACGAUGAAAACUACAGACGCUACGCCUGCAUCGCGAAUCAGUGAGCCUGACAAAGAUGUACAACUCGAGCACAAACUUGGGCAUAUUCCAGACGACGAAACAAAUAUAUGCUUAGAUCAAAGGAGCCAGAUUAAACCAAAACAAUCUGAAAGUCAAUUUGAAGCAUCUUCUGCACCUCAAACAAAAGAAACAAGAGGCGAUUUGCCUGCUUUAAUCAGUCUCAAUGCGUUGAGUGAGCACAAACAUAAGCAUACAAUUGCGGACAAAACAAAUAUAUGCGGUGAUCAUGCUAAUCAGGUUAAGAGAAAACUACCUGAAGAUGAAGAUGAGACAAGUAAAGCUAAAGAAAUAAAACUCGAUACGCCAGCUUUGCAAAUCAACGAAUCUGAACAGUUGCACCAUGUAUGUGACGUUUGUAAAGCUGUGCGACAUAGUCUCGAUGCACUGAAUAAGCACAAACUGUGGCAUACGACACAGGAUAAAACAAAUAUAUGCGAACAUCCAUCGAAUAAAAAAAAACUAUCUGAAAGUGAAAUCGAAGCAACUGCUGUAAAUAAAACAGUAAAAACAAAAGACGACACCGAUGCUUCGCAAAUCAAUGCUCCUGGACAGUCGCGUCAUAUAUGUGACAUUUGUAAAACUGUACGACAUAGUCUGAGUGCACUACAUAAGCACAAACGUACGCAUACGUCAAAGGAUAAAAGUAAUAUAUGCGAAGAUCAAACAAAUCAGAUUAAACAAAAACUAUCAGAAAGUGAAAUCGAAGCAACUGCUGUAAAUAGAACAGUAAAAACAAAAGAUGAUACCGAUGCUUCGCAAAUCAAUGCUCCUGAACAGUGGCGUCAUAUAUGUGACAUUUGUAAAACUGUUCGGCAUAGUCUGAGUGCACUAAAUAAGCACAAACUUACGCAUACGGCAGAGGUUAAAAUAAAUAUAUGUGAAGAUCAAACAAAUAUGGUUAAACAAAAACUAUCUAAAAGUCAAGUAGAAGCAACUGCUGUAAAUAAAACAGUAAAAUCAAAAGACGAUGCCGAUGCUUCGCAAAUCAAUGCUCCUGAACAGUCGCGUCAUAUAUGUGACAUUUGUAAAACUGUACGGCAUAGUCUGAGUGCACUAAAUAAGCACAAACUUACGCAUACGGCAGAGGAUAAAAUAAAUAUAUGUGAAGAUCAAACAAAUCAGGUUAAACAAAAACUAUCUGAAAGUGAAAUCGAAGCAACUGCUGUAAAUAAAAUAGUAAAAACAAAAGACGAUACCGAUGCUUCGCAAAUCAAUGCUCCUGAACAGUCGCGUCAUAUAUGUGACAUUUGUAACAGUGUACGAAACAGUCAGAGUGCAUUGAAGAAGCAUAAACUGAAGCAUUCCAAGUGCCCGUUUUGUAAAACAAGAUUAAAAUCGGUAGAGGAAAAAAGAAAGCAUUUAAAAGGUAGUUGUGAUGUAAGAAACUUGAAGAGGAGUUGUCGAGUACCAUGUGAGGUGAAACUAGAAAAAAUGGAACUGAAUAGGAGCAUAAGGGAGAAAUACCCGCAGGCGUUUACAGAAUUUCCACCUUUUCCUGGCAUGGAAGAGAAAAACUUAAACAGAAUCGCGCGAGACUAUGAAGAAAGUGUUGUUAAUGACCAUAAAAGAAAGAGGACGUGCGACAGAAUAGUUAGUAACGGUGAAGAUAGUUCUGGAGCUGUUAAUGAUACCGAAAAAGAAUCCGCAAAUGAUGAGAAAACACCCAAAGUCACUGUAGACACAUGCAAACCAGCAAAUCUUAAUCAGUGUAAUGUAAACCCGAUCGCUGAUUCAAAUCUGACUAUCGAGACGAGUAGUUUUAGUAAAAACAGUAAUAGCAACCCUGAACCAACCGAAGAGGUGUACACAUCUGUGUCAGUUGUCAGGCCAAUAAUUAAUAUUAAAAACUGUUCAAUAUUAGACUACUUAGAUCCAAAAGCGUCGGACGUGAAACUCAUAAGAGAUUUGCUGCUCACUAAGACAAACAAUCAAAUUGGUUCUUUGGAUCAAUCAACUCAAACAGAAUACCUGGUGAAUGGAACAGUAACUGCAAAUCAAAACGAAAUAACAGCUGAAUUUAAGGGCUUAAAAAAUAUGUUGCAUUUUUAUAAAAUCCCAGUUGUUAUAAAACACGGUUCUUUCAGCGUAUCAUAUAAUACUGACAAUACUAAAAACGAAAAGAAAAACAUGUGUUUGUGGGAUAAUUUAGAGCCUAUUGAUGUAGCCGAAGUGAAGCCGAUUCCCGUACCUAAAGAAGCAUCAAGCAUCUUACAAGGUUCAUCCAAUAAAGCAUUGUUGAUUAAUCCUCCCACAGAAAGUUCAGUCGCAGCUCCGGUCACUGCUAAUCCGUUGACCAAUUGCAAAAAUCCUGGAAACGUAACAAAUCGAGAUGCUAGGCCGUUUGUUACUAUUGAAACACCUAGUACGUCGAAAGAACCGAAUCGUGAGACUUUCACUUCAAUUUCAAUGAUGCCCACCUUCAGUGCGACCACUUGGAAUCAAAAUUCAUAUUCUAAUCCUGUUAGUGGACGUCACACUAGUUCAGAAAUUUUGCAAACGACAGCUUCUAUGUCUGGAACUCCAACGUGCUCUAGCAAUACGAUUGGUUCCUUAUCAAGAGGUACACAUGUAAAUGCAAUUCCACGACACGCACCACAUCCAGUUCUUCCAUCAACCGGUACAUUCCAAAAUUUUAACAUGCAAGGGCAAGUUUCUACGUUAUAUAAUAAUAUUCAGUUAGCACCGGCAAGUCAGAGCUCCGUUCGUAUGCCAGUUCUUAUGCCUCAACAGAAUAUUCAAUCCAUAAUGAACCAAACCGUAAAUCGUCCAUAUCUUCAAGGCAGCUCUGCAAACGAGGGUAUAUCGCAACUUCAGGGUACUAGUGGAAAUCCGAAUGCAGGAGAAUCAUCAAUACCUGCUCCGGGGUCUAUCAGAGUAAAAAGCUUGUAUGAUUUAACUUAGCUCAUAUAGAUAAGGUACAUGUAUUUAUCUAUCGUAGAGGCUUGCUGCAAAAACAAUUAUUAGUAAAACUUGGAAAAUGUUUGCUGUAUCUCUAAAAAUAAAGUGGUAGGGGGUAUUCAAAGGUUUCCGUAAAAAAACACCCUGUAUCUUCAAAAUAGCUGAGCCGAUUCUAACAAACUUGAGCUGGUUGAAAAGAGCUAUUCUUGGACUACAAAUGUUAUAGUAUUUGAAGUUUUGUUAGUUUCAUAUGUGGCCGCUAGAUGGCCUUCUUCGACAUUCCGACAGAAAUGGUUAAUUUUCUCAAAAAAAUUGAAAUGAUUUUGUUAUGAAAAAGUAUCUGAAAGAUAUAUCUAAACACGCUUGCGAAAACCGCAUCUCGAUAUAUUGUUCCUAAGCUAAAAUUUAGGUCAGAGAAAAUUUUAUACGGAAAUCCUCCAUGUUUUGUAUUUUCUUAAACUAUUUUUUCAACAAGUACCGAUUUAAAAAAGAGGUUUUUACUCUCCCCGUAAAUGCUCGAACUGCUGACGUUCUGUUUUCCUGAAGCCUCUCGUGAGUAGACAAAAUUGCAUCUUCAAUUUCGGCUGUUACGUAUAUUACGUAUUGCAUUACGAAUCCGGUUUUUCAUAUCUUCUCUGGUUGUAGGUUAAGUUUGAAACACAUGACGUCCUUUAACCGUCCCCAUAAGUAAAAAUCAAGACAAGUCUGGUGAUCGCGGAGGUCAUGGAAACAAACUUCCAUCCAACUGCAAAAACAAGUUUUAUCAUGUUUCCAGUGGCAUAUCUUCCAACAAGACCGGUAGUUGAUGAUUGUCCAAAGAGUCAAGAAAGACAUUGGUGCUGAACUUCGCGCCACCAAUGCGGAUUUUAUGCAGACCAAUAAUGCAUAUUGCGCGGGUUGACUCUUCUGUCACUAAUAACGGUGGCUUCAUCGAUACAAAUAAUAUGUAAUAAAAAUUCUAUAACAUCCAAUGGCAAUUAUCCAACCUCCGAUCAAAGUCUUUCUCUUUUAAAGUCUGAUGCAAAACGACAUGUCAUGGGUGCAUGCUAAAAGUAUUUUGUAAUAUUGUCACAAAGGGUGACUUUAUUCUGAUGAAUAAAAAAGAAUUCCAAAAAAAAAAAUAGUUUAAAAAAUAAAAAAUUAAGUGAUUUCCGGAUAGAAUUUUCUUUCAUUUUGCUGUUUUUUAUAAAAAAAUCUUGCCAAUGCAUCUAAUUUUUUUGGAAUGUCGAAAAAAGCCCUCUAGCGGCCAUAUGUGAAGCUAACAAAACUUCAAAUAUUAUAACCUUUGUAGCCCAAGAAUAGCUCUUUUUAACUUGCUUAAGUUUGCUAAAGUCAACUCAGUCGUUUCGAAAAUACAGGGUGUUUUUUUUUAGAGAUACAGCAAAAAUUAUCAAACAAAAGAAGUUUAUAUUAUCUUCGAGUUUUAAGAUCACGUAUUUUUGUUAGGUUAAUAUAGCGGAAUUCACAGAAACAUGGCUUUUUGCAUUCAAGGUUGCAGUCACACCCCCUAGCGGCCAUUUCAGGAACUUGAAAAUAUUUUCCUUGCCGUUAUAUUAAGAACUUCUCUGCCUCAAGCCUCUACGAUGGAUAGUUAGCCACGUUGUAUACAGGAUCCUGUUUUAUUCUUGUAAUUGUUUAUCAGUUUAUCAUGAGAUUGUGAUACUUGUAUAUAGACUUUUUCUGUGUCUUACAAAAAAAUACCUGUGAGUUAAGAUUAUAUAUGUACAUAAGUAUUGUAUAUGUAACUGAUUUUCAACAUUAAAGACGUC